AUGGUGGAUCUUGUUAGCAGUCUACCAGAUGAUCUCCUUGGUCAUAUAUUGUCCUUACUUACCACAAAGGAGGCUGCUUUGACUUCUAUUCUCUCCAAGAGGUGGCGCUAUCUCAUUGCUUUUGUCCCUUAUCUCGAGUUUGAUGACUCUGCCUUUCUGAACCCAGAAGAAGGUAAACAGACAAGGGAAGGAACUCGACAGAGCUUUAUAGAUUUUGUGGAUAGAGUAUUGGCUUUGCAUGGAGAUUCUCCCAUCAGAAAAUUCUCACUCAAGUGUAAAACCGGUGUUGAUUUAGAUCUUCUGAAUCAGUGGAUAUGUAAUGUGCUGCAGCGCGGUGUUUUGCUCAUUGAUCUGUCCAUGGAUUUGGGACAUAGAUGUAUGUUCAUCGAAAUUUUCAUGAGCAGAACACUAGUUGAACUGAAAUUAGGAAGUGGAUGUCGUAUUGCUUUUGGGCCUGAACACAUUUCGGCCUUACCUAUGCUUAAGACUCUCACUCUUGACUCAGUUAGUUGGUCUGAUAGUGGUCAGCUUGAGAGGCUACUUUCUGCUUGCCCUGCACUCGAGGCAUUAAACUUGGCUAAUGUGCAUGGGUCAUAUCCGAAUGCGACCGUGUCAAUUGCAAGCCUCAAGACUCUAACAAUUAAGUCUGUCAGUUUGUCAGGCCCUGCACACGUUUUCUCAUUUGAUACACCGAAUCUUCUUUGCUUAAAUUACACUGCAUUGUUUGAGGACGACUAUCCAUUAGUUAAUUUGGAAUACUUAGUUGAGGCUCAAAUCAAGUUUGUAUUAACUGAUCGUCUAAUCAAGCUAGUAAGCGUCCGAAAGAAUGGUCUUCUCAUGCUUAGUGAAGUGCAGAAACUUAUUCGUGGCAUAUCCAGUGUUCGGAAGCUUUACUUAUCUCCCGGGACUCUCCAGGUGCUUGGCCAAUGCUCUCAGGCAAUGCCGGUGUUCAACAACCUCACAUUCUUAGUCAUUGAGAGUAGCAUGGAUAUAAGAUGGCAAGCAAUGCCGGUUCUCUUGAAAAAUUGUCCACGUCUAGAAACUCUAGUCAUUAAGGGUGGUCUCGUACACUGUGUCGCAGCUGACUGCGGGGACGCUUGUACCUGCAUUUCUCGGGAGGAGAAAGGCCGUUCGCUUGCAUCUUGUCCAGUGAAGCGGUUAGAGAUUCGUGAGUUUCAAGGAACGUUGAGAGAGAUGGAAAUGAUCAAGCAUUUCUAUUACUGUUUCCUCUGUUUGAAGGAGAUGGAGAUCUAUGUUAAAGAUGGUCGUCCACAGUUCCUAGCCCCUUUAGCGUCGGAUUCUAACCCAUUCAAGCACUUAUUGGGUCGCAAUGUUAUAAUCAAGGUGCACGGUUCUUUGACAUAG